CGCAGUAGUGUGCUCCAGUCAGUCGCGUGAAGAGCAGGGACCAGGAAUCCUCGCACGCCUGACCGCUAGGCUACUUCCUGGAGGAGGAUGGAACCUUUUUUUAAAUUAGCCUUCGUGCGCUAAUUCCCUUCUUUUCGCUACGAUAACGCCUUGGAUAAUCAAGAAAUAACGGUCACGUGUACUAAUUAUAAUCGGAGCACUUUUUUUCUCUCUCCUCCUGACUUGCACACACAUUGAUCGCCCGGGUUGACUCUUUAUACCGACUUGGGGAAUGUCGCGGUCCAAAAGCCUCACGCAUGCAUGGUCGUCCCAAAGUGAUACUGAACUGUUUUUGCACGUUCGCAGCCUUUGUAUAUUCCUCGAAGAAGCAGAUGCAUCGGCUCGGCAUCGGGGCGAAUAAUUUAGCGUUUUAGCGGCGAGUCUCGGCAAGCAGCGCAAGGCUACUUCGGUGUUGUUGUUGCAUCCAGCCGUUUAUUCGUGAAGUUAUUCUUCUGCUUUUUUUUAAUCUAUUGCGUUCAAGUGUAUGCUUUUUAUAAACCUCGAAAACUUUGUCACCCGUUGCCUUCUUGUUGCUUCGAUGAGUAAUCUAACAUGCGGAGAAUUCGGGAACCAAGUUACUGGUGGAUCUUAUCCUUCACGUUUUUAACCCUGUCCAAACACACGGAAUGUCACCCUGUGGCACUGGACGGCCAGCCUUACCAUGGUGGACUAGGAGGUUACGAGCACGGGGACGUCAGGAGGGAGAGGAGAGCGGCCGGAGAUGCCUAUUGGGCCUAUUCCAUGAGCCAUGGACCUACAGCUUGGCACGCUGCCUACCCAGAAUGUGGGGAGGGGACCCAAUCCCCGGUGGACAUCAUAGACGAGAACGCUCAGGUUUCCCAGGAGUACCAGGAACUAACUCUUGACAAGUUCAAUGUCGAAUCGUCCAACCAAACUACCAUGAAGAACACAGGAAAGACAGUCGCUGUUCUGCUGAAGAACGACUACUUUGUGCGCGGGGCCGGCCUGCCGGGGCGCUUCAAGGCGGAGAAGAUGGAGUUCCACUGGGGCCAGAACGGCUCAGCGGGCUCCGAACACAGCAUCGCAGGCCGGAGGUUCCCAGUGGAGAUGCAGAUCUACCUGUACAACUCUGACGACUUUGACAGCCUUGGCGCCGCCAUCAGACAAAGACGCAGCAUCGCAGCCAUGGCCGUCUUCUUUCAGCUGGGCCACAAAGACAACCCAGCGGUGGAGCCCAUCAUCCAGGGUCUGAAGGGGGUGGUGCAUCACGAGAAGGAGACUGUCCUCCGCUCGUUCAUCCUGCGGGAUCUGCUCCCGUCCUCGCUGGACAGCUACUACCGCUACAAGGGCUCCCUCACCACGCCGCCCUGCAGCAAGGUGGUGGAGUGGAUCCUCUUCUCCAGGCCUGUAUAUCUCUCCCACUUACAGCUGGAGGCCUUCUACUCCAUCUUCACCACGGAGCAACAGGACCACGUCAAGUCGGUGGAGUACCUGAGGAACAACUUCCGGCCGCUGCAGGAGCUGGGCGACCGCGUGGUCUACAAGUCGGCCGUGGAGGACGCGUGGAAGUCGGACGUCACCGCCGGCCUGGGGGCGGGGCCCCACGGCACCGAGGCCUCCAGAGUGUGCAGCACUGCUCCCCUGAGGAUAAAGAUCCAGCCUCUGAACCAGUCGGCUCUGACCCUGAGCUGGGAGCGCCCGGCUGCCCUCUACCACCCGCCCAUCACCAGCUACAUGGUGUCCUACAGCUGGGAGCGGAGCGACCUGGCCAACGAGAACACCUUCACCAAGGCCGCCGACCAGACCAUGAAGGCGGUGAUAUCCAACGUUUCCCCGGACUUCCUGUACCUGUUCAGAGUGCAGGCAGUGUGUCAGCAGGACCUCCGCAGCGACUUCAGCCAGACGCUGCUCUUCAGGGCCAACACCACAAGAAUCUUUGAGGGGUCUCGAAUCGUGAAAACGGGCAUGCCCACAGUGUCCCCGGCGUCCUCGGCGGACAUGGCCCCCAUCAGCUCCGGCUCCUCCACCUGGACCUCCUCCGGGCUGCCCUUCUCCUUUGUUUCCAUGGCGACGGGCAUGGGGCCGUCGUCAAGCGGCAGCCAGACCACGGUGGCGUCGCUGGUGACCAGCACGCUCCUGGCGGGCCUGGGCUUUGGCGGCGGCGUCAUCUCCUCCCUGCCCGGCUCCCUGUGGCCCACCCAGGCCCCCUCCCACCACACCAGCCCCCCGCCCCCCCGGCCCACUACCCACCCCGCGGCCCCCCAGGGCCCCGACGCCGAGGGCCCCUCGGAGGAGAGCCCGCGGGAGGGGGAGGGGGCGGCGGCGGAGGACAAGGAGAAGGGGAAGGAGGAGGAGGAGGAGGAAGGGGAGGAGGACGACGCCGGCGACGACAAGAAGAAGAAGGGGAAGAAGGCCUCCGACGGCGUCACGGACGAGGGGCUGGCCGUCGCCGUGACGACCUCCGCCACCACCACGCCCGCCACCGUCACCGUCGCCAACAACACGGAGUACGGGAGGCCUUCCACCGGGGGGCCGGGGCCGGGGCCCGGGGUGACCCCCAACCCCGAGGAGGAGGAGCAGGUCUCGGGGGAGGCGGGAGGACCUGGGGGUGACCCCGACCCAGGGGCCCAGCAGCGACGUCACGGUGAUGCAGAUCCCCCAGAACCCCACCCUGUCCACCAAAGGCCCCUGGGACAACAAGAGCCAAUAAAACAGGUUUCAACUGCUUUUUCACCCGUAUUUUUUAUCCUCCCUGGUUCCUCAGAGACGACGGACUCCUCCAACCAGUCCCGGAGCCCCGCGCCCGGGAUGGGUCGUGGGGUGUGGAUCAUCCCCCUGGUGGUAGUGUCCACGCUCACCCUGCUGUGCCUGGUGAUGCUGCUGGUGGUGCUGGUCUACUGGAGGCGGUUCUUCCAGACGGCCCACUUCUACGUGGAGGAGACCAGCUCUCCGCGGGUCGUGGCCAACGAAAACAUCCCGAUCAUCCCCAUACCGGAUGACAUGGAUGCCAUCCCAGUAAAGCAGUUUGUGAAACAUAUCAUGGAGCUCUACUCUAACAACCUGCAGGGCUUCGCCCAACAGUUUGAGGAGGUCCAGCGCUGCACGGCGGACCUGAAAAUCACGGCAGAACAUUCCAAUCACUCCGACAACAAGCACAAGAACCGAUACAUCAACAUCAUGGCCUAUGACCACAGCCGGGUGAAAUUACGAGCGCUGGCAGGCAAAGACGCCAAACACAGUGAUUACAUCAACGCCAACUUUGUGGACGGCUACAACAAACCCAAGGCCUACAUCGCCGCCCAAGGCCCCCUGAAGUCCACCUUCGAGGACUUCUGGCGCAUGGUGUGGGAGCAGAACAGCGGCGUCAUCAUCAUGAUCACCAACCUGGUGGAGAAAGGCAGGAGGAAAUGUGACCAGUACUGGCCCAGCGAGAACAGCGAGCAGUACGGCAACAUCGUGGUGACCCUAAAGAGCACCAGGGUGCACGCCUGCUACACGCUGCGCCGCUUCCUCAUCCGGAACACCAAAGUCAAGAAGGGGCAGAAGGGAAACCCGAAGGGCAGGCUGAACGAGCGCACGGUGGUCCAGUACCACUACACCCAGUGGCCCGACAUGGGGGUCCCGGAGUACACCCUGCCCGUCCUCACCUUCAUCCACCGCUCCUCGGCCGCCCGCACCCGGGACAUGGGCCCCGUGCUGGUGCACUGCAGCGCCGGUGUCGGGCGGACUGGCACCUACAUCGUCAUCGACAGCAUGCUCCAGCAGAUCAAGGACAAGAGCACAGUCAACGUCCUGGGGUUCCUCAAACACAUCCGAACACAACGCAAUUACCUAGUCCAAACGGAGGAGCAGUACGUCUUCAUCCACGACGCUCUGAUGGAGGCCAUCCUCAUCAAGGAGACGGAGGUCCCCGCCUGCCAGCUACACGCCUACGUCAACGGCAUCCUCAAGCCAGGGGCCACCGGCCGCACGUGCCUGGAGAAGCAGUUCAGACUGUUGUCCCACUGCAACAUGAGGUUUGUGGAGUGCUUCAGUGCGCAGAAGGACUGCAACAAGGAGAAGAACCGCAACUCCUCUGUGGUUCCCUCGGAGCGUGCCAGAGUGGGGCUCUCUCCUCUCCCUGGCAUGAAGGGAACGGAUUACAUUAACGCGUCCUACAUGAUGGGUUACUACAGGAGCAACGAGUUCAUCGUGACCCAGCACCCCUUGCCCCACACCACCACAGACUUCUGGCGCAUGAUCUGGGACCACAACGCCCAGAUAAUCGUCAUGCUGCCUGACAACCAGGGCCUGGCGGAGGAUGAAUUUGUUUACUGGCCAAGUCGAGAAGAGGCCAUGAACUGCCUGGCCUUCACUGUCACGCUCAUUAGCAAAGACAGACUGUGCCUCUCCAACGAGGAGCAGAUCAUCAUUCACGACUUCAUCCUGGAGGCCACUCAGGAUGACUACGUGCUGGAGGUGAGACAUUUCCAGUGCCCCAAGUGGCCCCACCCAGACGCCCCCCUCAGCAGCACCUUCGAGCUCAUCAACGUCAUCAAGGAGGAGGCCAUGACCCGGGACGGGCCCACCAUAGUGCACGAUGAGUACGGCGCGGUGAAUGCCGGGACUAUGUGCGCCCUGAUCACCCUCUCUCAGCAGCUGGAGAGCGAGGGCGCUGUGGACGUCUACCAGGUGGCCAAGAUGAUCAACCUCAUGAGACCCGGGGUGUUCACCGACAUCGAGCAGUACCAGUACCUGUACAAGGCCAUGCUGAGCCUGGUGGGCUCCAGGGAGUGGGAGCCCACCAGUAUCAUGUACAUGGAACCCACCGAAGACAUGGCGCUGGUGGACGUAUCGGACCCGGCCAAGAGCAUGGAGUCUCUGGUCUGAGGAGGCCUCACCACACAGAUGGGCUGCAGGAGAGGUACUCGAUUUAUGAAGAAAACAACGGAAAAACAAACUGUCGUCGGACUUCAGGAGGGGGGACAAAAAACUUUUGUCAGGCCUUUUUCGCCAGACUGAAUAACCUUAUUACUUUUUUACAUUGAGGGAAAAAAAAAAAAGUUUUGGGAUAUUUAUUUUUUGUCAUUUCUCUCCUUUUUCUUUUUCUUUUUCGUCUUUGAUGUUAUCCUGCUGAGUGCACCUGUUGUUGUUUUUAAGUUGAAGUGAGGGAAAAGCAGCUCUGUCUAGUUUGCACUACACUAUCAGUGUUACUGCCUGAAUCCAAUCGAGUCACAGUCCACACGACUAACCCCAUAGGCUACGCUCUACGUGUACAUUGUUUGGACUCCAAUUAAUUGUUUUUGGUUUUUCUAACCAGCUGGAUGGCUUAAGUUAAGUGAUAUCGGACACGUUUUCCACACACUUAACCACAGAAGCUUCGUUAAACCGUCAUCCCUUUAUAUAGAUUUCUACCACGCACCAAGUGGUUUACAGCCACAACCGUCAAUAAACUACUUUAGGCUUUUCUACUUCACUCAUCACUGCAGUCUUGUAAUCGUUUUUAUUUCGCUUUUCUGGUCCUUUAACAUCUAAUGUGAGCUUUUAUUCAUUCAUGCUAUGAUUUAUACUCAAUAUAUUCUUUGUAAUAUAUGCUAUGACGUUAAUUGUCUUUGAUGUCCCAUGUAUCUAUACUUACAGACCUUUCACCCACUAUUAUUAUUAUUGCUAUUAUUUAUUUUGAAGACACAAAGUAAUAAUGAAUAGCCUUGAAGGCCUUCAUCUUUAUUUUUUUUACAGCCUCGUCGAAACACAGCCAUUGUGAUUCAAUUGUAGUCAAUGUGAUUCGGUUGUGGUCACCACUUCUGUUCUUAUUUACCCAAUUACUUAGCAAUGCAUUAUUUGUAUCCAAAGAAAUGGUUUCAAAUCCUAACCAGAUUUUUUGUUUUAUUUCAUCUUUGACAUUUUUCUCAAUUAAGAGUGGAGGGAAAAUCGAUUCGGCUUCAUACAGCUCAGAUUCCUCCAGGCAAUUUAGGCAGGUUUCUGUCUACUUAACAAGCCACCAUCGAUCGCUGUACAUCAAUGUUUUAUAUAUAAACUUUACAAUUUUGUUUCAUCCAGGCUUAUAUAUCGUCUGUGUGUGCGGACUCUUUAUUAUGAAAAAAAACAACAAUAACUCCAACCAUCAAAAGCUAUUUUCCUUCAUUGAUUGAUAUAUCUAUAUCUAUAUCUAUAAAUAUAUACACUCUCUAGAGUGUAUUUUCUACGUUCAGUUAUCUGCUUAAACCCACUUCUCUACCAAAGAGGAGGUUGCCAACUCAAGUGAAAUCUCUCCAACAUUUGGAGAUGCGUCCAGAUUUCAGAUUAUUUAGCUCAAUAAUGAACUGUUCUCUGUGACAAUUGUUCCUUUUUUUGUUUGUCUGGUUUUUGCCGUUUUAGCUUUUUUCUUUCACUUUUCUUGUUUUACAAGAUUUCUCACCGUUUGAUAUUCCUAUGCUACUUAACAGUAUGUAUAGACUUGUUUUGUAAGCCAUGCGCACAUAUAUUAAAAAAGAACAAACUUAAACGUUUAAAUAUAUUCUUCAUUGUCAUAGAAUCCUAUAUUUUCAUAUAAAAAUUGGUCAGCAAAUUGGCCCUAGAAAUGGAAAGACAUUUGAGUAAAAAAAGAGUAAGACUCAACCCAGAGCUAAAUUCACUAUUCUGAAACGUGUCUUUCCUUCUAAGGUUCAUACUGGUAUUAUUUAAAAGGUCCGGAUAUUCCCAAUAUAAAAAAAGUUACUACCGUAUUUUAGUCAGGUUGGCAGUUGGUGUAUUUUGUAAGUCAAAAAAAUGAACAACAAAUGGUUUUGUCCAUUAUAUGAUGGUAUCAUAGUGUUGUAAUGCUAUGAUACUGUGAUAUACCGUAUAAUAGUGUCAUGGUGUUAUUUAAUACGGAAAGUGUAUUGUUAUACAUUAAAUAAAGUAUGGUGGGUUUUGA